CAUGGGUUGCCAGCAAACGAAAGUUUCAGACGCGGCUAAAAACAAACAGUCUGAACAGUCGCAAGCUUCACCGGUUGACCCGCGUUUACCCUUGACCGCCAGACAAGCGUUUAAGUUAAAGUCAUCAUGGAAAGGAAUAAAGAGGAAUAUGGAGGCUACCGGUGUUGAAAUGUUUGUCAGGCUCUUCCAACAAAAUGGCCAUUUGAAGACGCUGUUCAAAGACAUACGAGAUCUGCAAACGGCGGAUGAGUUGAGAGCCCACGAAGCAGUUGAACAUCAUGGUAGUUUGGUUAUGAGCGUGCUUGAUGAGGCAAUAAGUAAUAUAGACGACGUCGAUCACGUGAUAGAGGUCUGUCAACGAACUGGUAAAUCACACUCGAAAUUUACUGGUUUUUCUCCUGAACUAUUUUGGGUAAGUGCAAAAAAUACAAUAAGGCUUAUUAUUGCUUAUCUAAGACUAACAAGACUUUACGUAUCGUCUAAUUUGCAAACUGAAAAUUUUGCUCAUAAAAAACAAUCUGAGAAAAUUUUAAAUCAAAAUGAUAGUGUAGUUGAUAAAUUAUCCUUCGUGCAGUCACCGAAAGUUACUCUAGGCGAUGACUAUAAAACGCAAACCCAUGGAAUCUACACGAUAACUAUAAGCUUUAAUUUAAACAAAUUAGUUGCGUCUAUUGGCAACUUAAUGCUCAUUUCAAUGAUGCCAUUCAAAAAUAGACAGAUCAUUUUUGUUUUUAAACAGCUAGCCGAAGAAUGUUUCUUGGAUGCCGUUAAAGUAAUUCUGGGGGAUCGUUACACAGAUAACAUGCAAAUCAUCUAUCAAGUCGCAAUCAAGUUUAUUAUCCAAAACCUCAAGAACGGUUAUAAGUCAGGAUCUCAAUGA